AUGGAGGGCGACACGGGCCACCCCGUGUUUGAGACGGCCUACGGCCGCAUCGCCGUAAACAUCUGCUACGGCCGCCACCACCCCCUCAACUGGAUGGGCUUUGGCCUUAACGGCGCCGAGAUCGUGUUCAACCCCAGCGCCACCGUGGGGGAGCUGUCGGAGCCGAUGUGGCCGAUAGAGGCGCGCAACGCUGCGAUCGCAAACAGCUACUUUGUGGCGGCCAUCAACCGCGUCGGCACGGAGACGUUCCCCCGCGAGUUCACCAGCGGCGACGGCAAGCCCGCGCACAAGGCAAGAGCGCGCAUCAACACGCACGCUCGCGCGGCCGAGGACCGCUGCGGCCAACGACGGCCGGGGCGCGGGGCGACGCCCGCCUUGGAGCGGCCGACUGGCCGUCGCAGCGCGCGCUACGUCGCCGCCCCCGACGCCAGCCGCACGCCCUCCCUUGCGCGCGACAUGGACGGCCUCAUGGUGGCUGAUCUUGAUCUCAACCUCUGCAGGCAGUACAAGGAUAAGUGGGGGUUCCGCAUGACUGCGCGGUACGACAUGUACGCGAAGCUGCUGGGCAGCUACGUGCGGCACGACUUCCAGCCGCAGGUCAUCAAGGACCCCUCCCUCUGA